UCUCAGAGGGAAGAAAGAUUUGUGAAAUGAUAGGUGGUCGCGCUUUGUUUGGCUGGACUGUUGCGCGCAAUAAGUCGCGGGGUUUUCGCGUUUCCUCCACUUGAGAGAUUGUUCAGGCGAUCGAUGGCCACCCGGCGCACCACACAGCACCACUUACCGCCGCUCUGAUACCCGGUGGAGCUCCCGUGGCGAGCUGAAGCCCUGGACACUCAGUCUCCAGUGAAUAACCAGCUCCCCCCACUCUCUCUUCCUCUUCCUCUCUCUGUCAGUGCGUACCCGCCGUGCGUUUCUUCAUGCGUCAAGGGAGCACCGUGCGUAACGGGAGAGUCGUGCGUAACUGGAGACAGAUUGAAAUCUGUCUCCAGUCCAUUUUGCGCUGGGAUUGUGAGGACCACUGGCGGUGUAACGCUCACUUACAGGGACACUGAUCCACUGGGUCGACAUAUUUCUCUUCUCAGACAUCUCGCAGCUCGGCUUUUCUCCCUCCCUCUCUCCUCUCUACGCCAGUCGUACGUCAGACAUGACGACCGAGACCCCUCAGCAGCAGCUGGACCCUCCGCCUCCUCUGAGAUCCAGCCCGGCGUCCGGCGUCCUGCACCCCGCCAUGCUGAGCCCACAAGCCGCCACAGAAAGUUCGUCCACCGCCGUCAAAGGAAAAAAGACGAGCUCCGGUUUAAGGCGACCGGAAAAGCCGCCGUACUCCUACAUUGCUCUCAUCGUUAUGGCCAUUCAGAGCUCCCCCACCAAACGACUGACACUCAGUGAGAUCUACCAGUUUCUCCAGGCUCGCUUCCCUUUCUUCAGGGGCUCAUAUCAGGGCUGGAAGAACUCAGUGCGACAUAAUCUUUCGCUCAACGAGUGCUUCAUCAAGCUGCCCAAAGGGCUGGGCAGGCCGGGGAAAGGCCACUACUGGACCAUCGACCCGGGCAGCGAGUUCAUGUUCGAGGAGGGCUCAUUUCGUCGCAGACCCAGAGGCUUCAGAAGAAAAUGUCAAGCCCUGAAGCCCAUGUACCGGAUGAUGAACGGGAUAGGCUUCGGCACAUCCAUUCUCCCGCAGAGUUUUGAUUUCCAGGCUCCAUCAGCGACCCUCGCCUGUCACAGCAACAGCUACAACUUGGACAUGAUGAGCAAUUCAAUGGCCGGGGGGUACGAGGGGCUCAGCGGCGGCCACCACGUACCCCACAUGUCCCCGAGCCCCGGCUCCACGUACAUGGCGAGCUGUCCCGUGCCGCCUAACGGGGAAUACGGACCGGACAGCAGCAGCAGCCCCGUACCGUCCUCUCCAGCCAUGGCCAGCGCGCUGGACGGCCACUCCCCGUACGCCAGUACAUCCGCACACUGGGCGUCCUCCGGCGGGUCCCCAUACAUCAAGCAGCAGCCUCUAGCCUCCAGCAGCCCCGCAUCCUCCGGUUUACACUCCGGCAUGUCGCCUUACUCCCUGGAGCAGAGUUAUCUUCACCAGAACGGCAGGGACAGCCACUCCACCGACAUAUCAGUGGGGAUUCCGCGUUAUCAGAGCCACUCCUCGGUGUGCGACAGGAAAGAUUUUGUGUUGAACUUUAACGGCAUCUCCUCCUUCCACCCCUCGGCUGGCGGAUCCUACUAUCACCAUCACCACCAUCACCAUCCCCAGAGCGUGUGUCAGGACAUCAAACCCUGCGUGAUGUGAGCUCUGAUCUCACUGUGGACUUCAAACUCGACGACGGCCACAGUGAGACUGCAGGUCCGUCACAUCACAUCAGAACAAAGAAAUUUUUUUAUUUUUCCUUCUUUUAUUUUUAAUCUUUUUUAAUUUCGGAGGAUUCAUACCAGGAUGUAUUUGUGUUUGCCUCCUCCAUGCAGCCAAAGUUUUUUUUUUGUUGUUUUUUUUUUUUUUUGGACUUGAGAAAACUAUGCAUUGAAGGAAAUGAAUGAAGAAAACCCCCCCCCCCACACACACACACACACACACACACGCACACACACACACACACCCCAGAGGCCUUUUAAAGAAACCACUUUGCCUAUAUGAACCCUGAAGCGUUUUCCUCCUUCAAAAUAAGUUUCAGAAACACGACUUUUAAUGUGUUUGCUCUUGUAACACGUGCAGACAAAUUGUAUCCUAUGUAACUAUGUUCUAUCCUAUUAGAGUAACUACACACACGACGCUUUAGGCUAACAUGAACUGCCGACAAACCUUGCACUUAUUGUAUAAUCCUUUACUUUUUUUUUUUGUCUUGUAAAAGGUUUCAAUAAAGCUGAUAUAUAUUUUAGGCUACA